AUGGCCCACAUCAACCCUCUCCACGCUCCUAUCUACCCAAUCCAGCACUCGGGGUACUCCUCUCUCUCCGGCGCCAUGCCUGCACAGGCACCACUCCCCAGCGGGCGCAAGCGCCUGCCACAGGAACCCUACACACCCGCGUCGAAGUGGCACAACAGCACGGGCCGGUCGAACCCUGUCGAGGCGGCAAUCUAUUUCGACUACAAGGGGUACAAGCGCCAGGGCGUGUCGAUGCGCGAGCUCAGUGCGCGCAGCGUGCCGGGUUUGUUUGCGAUGCUGGAAGGAGGGAGUGACACGGUGCUUGCGCAUACGGGGUUGAGCAGGAUCACGUUCCGGAUAAAGGCUGGUCUAUUUCUCGUCUUCUUGGGGUACGAGUCCGCGAACUGGGCACGCUCGAUUGAGAUCAACACAGGCGGCCCGAUCACCCGCGCUGGACUCGCACAGGCCGUCGCGCAGAACUUUGCGCGCUUCAUCGAAAUGUGCCGUGGGGCGAAGUCUUCGUCGCCCCAGUGGUCGAUCGCGCCCAACAAUAUCCGUUACGAACACCUCUACCUCGUAUCGCUCUUCAACGUCUUUGAAGACUCGUGGCAGGCCGAUGUUGUUGUUGAUCUCCGGUAG